UGCAUCUGGUCGGAACAGCCACUGCAGUAUAAUCAGGGGUACACCUACACUCCUUUCCAAAUAUCUAAAAAUGGAAGUACCACAGUUAGCAAUUUCCAAUGAAGAACUCAGGGCUAAGAUUUGUGAGCACUUGAGCCCUCUUAUUUUGGAUGAGACUAAGGUUAAGAAACUCAGGGAUGUGUUUGAGGAUGAGGUUGAAAAAGGGAUUGAAUCUGGAUUGGAGGGAUCCUCAAUCCAGAUGGAGAAUACAUACAUUCCUGAGCUUCUAGAUGGUUCGGAGGAGGGAGAUUUUCUAGCAUUAGACCUGGGUGGAACAAACUUCAGGGUUAUCUUACUGAACCUAAAGAAGGGAAGAAUAGAAAAGGAGAUUAUUGAAUACUACAGCGUUGAUGAGGCACUACGGGUUGGACCUGGUUCUGACCUCUUUGAUUUUCUGGCAACUUGCAUCCAAGAAUUUUGUUCAAAGCACAGCAUUAGCGGCGAAUCUACAAUAAGCCUAGGAUUCACAUUCUCCUUCCCUAUGAUCCAGCAUGCGCUCAAUGUCGGUGUACUCGUUAAUUGGACGAAGAGCUUCACAUGCCCCGGAGUAAUCGGAGAAGACGCAGUGCUUUUGUUGAACAACUCUCUGCAAAAGAUUGGAUUGUUGAACGUGAGGGUGGUUGCAAUCCUGAAUGAUACGACAGGAACACUUGUAGCAGGUUCUCAUGAUUAUUCUGAUUGCUCUAUUGGAUUGAUCCUUGGAACCGGAACUAAUGGAGCAUACAUGGAAAAGGUUGAGAGGAUAAAACGUUGGGAAAGUGGAUCAAAGGAGGGAUUGAAGGAUGUGAUUGUGGAUCCGGAAUGGGGAGCUUUUGGAGAUAAUGGAUCCAUUGAUUUUAUCAAAACAGUUUGGGAUAGAGACCUAGAUAAGUAUUCCCUACUGCCCGCCAGCUUUACUUAUGAAAAAUAUUUUGCUGGGAAAUAUCUGGGAGAGCUAGCUAGGAUCAUUCUUCUCAGUGUGUACACUGGUGGGUUGCUGUCCUUCUGUCCAGAACAACUUAGCAAUGUUGGUUCCAUUUCAACCCAACAGGUGUCAGAAAUAACACAGGAUAUGUUGAACGGAAGCACCUCUAUAACUGAAAGUAUCCUUAGCAAACUCGGUGCUUCAAGUCAAGCAAAGGAAGGAGCCCUUGUACUCCAGUACAUAUGUGAACUACUAGCCGAGCGGGCCAGUAUUCUAGUCGGAAUACCUAUGGCGUUCUUUCUUGAACGAAUGGACAGGCCAACCUCUACGAUAGCUGUUACUGGAUCUUUAUAUAAACAUCAUCCAACGCUAAAAGCUAAGCUAGAGACUAGAAUUAAGAAAAUGACGGAGAAGAAGUAUAAAUUUGGACUGUGUGAUGACGGCUCAGGGAAAGGUGCUGGACUGGUUGCUGCUAUUGCUGAACGACUAGCUAGAAAAUAGUGAAUACAUGAUUAAAAUUGAAAAAGAUAAAACAUUGUGCCACUUUUUUUAUUUUAAUAAACGAGUUUGGAAGCUA